AUGAAGUCCUUGUCUACAGGCCAUUGGGCAGUCUUUCUGUCACUUCUAUCGACUGUUGCGUCUAGUCCAGUCACGAGUACAUCUAGUAAAAUGAUAUAUAAUUGGGAUAGAAUUACUCCCUCGACAAAUGUCAGUUGGGCUCCUUGUUUCAAUAAUUUCACCUGCACCAGACUACAAGUCCCUCUGGAUUAUGGCGAUGUCAGUCUAGGAUCUACCGCAAUUGCCUUUAUCAAGUAUCCUGCGAAAAACAUCACCAAAGAUACUCAGAACAUAGUCAUAAACCCAGGUGGCCCAGGAGGUCCAGGAGCAGACCCUUCUCUCAUAUCUUCUUUGACCCAAAUCACCGGUCCUCAGCACAACAUCAUCGGUUUCGAUCCUCGUGGUGUCGGACAUAGUGGACCAACCGUGGACUGCUGGCCCGGCCAUCCUGAGAAAAGAGCUCAAUUCGAGAAACUGCUCUACCCAGAAACCUCCAACGCUUCAUCCACCGCUCUGCAGAGGCAAUUCUACUCCGCAGAGCUAUUCGGGGAGGCGUGUACCCCGGUAGUGGGAGGAUCGAGAGGAAAUGCCUCUUUUAUCAGCACGCCCGCCGUGGCGGAGGAUUUGUUCACGUAUAUCAAGGCGGAGCAAGUGGUUGCAGGGAAGCCAAAGGAGGAUGCGAAACUCGCCUACUAUGGGGCUAGCUAUGGUACCGUGCUGGGAGCGACGUUUGCACAUCGCUUUCCCGACCAUGUAGGAAGGAUGAUCCUUGACGGGGUCGUGGAUCCAGCCGAUUAUUAUGAGCUGGGGUGGAAAGAGAACCUGCAUGAUACAGACAAAUCGCUUAACUCGUUUGUCCAGAAUUGUUACCAAGGAGGGCCGAAGAAUUGUUCGUUCUGGGGUCCUUCGGUUCGGGAUAUCACUAGUCGGUUUGAUGCGAUAUUGGCGGACUUGAAGGAGAAUCCUAAGCCGGUUCUUAGUUCUGCGGCUUGUGAUCUUCCCCUGCUUGCCACUUAUUCGGAUCUGAAGCAGCUCGCUCUUCAGGCAUUAUACAUCCCGGUCACAUACUUCCCUCAGCUGGCUGAUGUUCUCUCUGGUCUAGAGCGAGGGAACGCGACGGCCUACAUGAAUGCUGUGGCCGGAUGGUCUAUUCCAGCUAACCCGUGCAAUAAUGGAACAGCCGGAAGUACUGUUGACGUUAACACAUUGAUAAGGUGUGUGGAUGGGAUUGGUAGUCACAAGUUCACCAAUCUCAGUCAAUAUCGGGAUUAUGUCGAGACGUUGACGAAGCAGAGUCGGUAUUUUGGAGAGGUCUGGCCGACGAAUGCUCUGGGUGUCGCUUGUAGAUCGUUGGAUGUUGAGCCACCAAAGAGUGCAAGGCUCGAAGAAUCCAUCCUUUUGCGCAGAAACACGAGUUUCCCAAUCUUGUUUGUCACUCAGAAGAUUGAUCCUGUUGCUCCGAGUCGAAAUGCUCAUAAGAUGUCAAAAGUUUUCUCGGGGUCUGUCGUUCUGACUCAGGACUCGGUUGGAUGCAUCAGAAUGUUUGACUGA